AGAAACGGGAGGGAAGGGAGGGAGUGGUUCGCGGGUGGGAUCUGUCGAGCAGACAAAAUGUGGGGCCCCUGUCCCUUGAAGUUUAACUUGUCUCUUCCCUGAGGAGCAAGGCGUCCCUAGUAGACUAUCACCCCCAACCCCUGCAGGGGCACGAAGAGGAGAGAAGAGCCACCAGGAUAAGAGUGGACAGAGGAAAAGGCGAGACAUGUUCUCCAGGAAACAGCCCCCUGCCCUGGCUCGGGAAGAAAGCUACCGCCCAGCCCGGGCCCCGGAGCAGGUAAGACCCACCACCAAGCGCUUGGCCGCUUGGCCGCAAACAGGUCGGAUGACCUCUCAGUCCGGGUGAAUUCAGGGUCAACCCCUCCCUCCCCUAAGCCCUCGUCCCUCCUUGCCACCUUCCUCCCCCGCCGUCGGUGAGCUUCGGCUUCCCAGCCCGGCGCUGAGCUCCCUGCAACCAGUCCUCGGGCGCAUGAUGCUCCAGGGGUCUCUGAGCGUCCGCGACUCUAGCAGGGUCAUGGGCAGAGUUUCCUUCAGCGUCAGAGCUGGGUCGGUCCGGAGACCCCGCUCUCCUUGGCAGGGGCGUCGCCACGUCUGCUACAGAGUCCCUCCUCGGCCGGGCGCCCUGCACGCAGUGAGUGGACUGGGGGACGCGCGGGCGCCCGGGGAGGCUGCCGCAGGAGCCUUCGCGACCAGCCCCUCGGGGGUCCCCCGCUUCCCAGCUGAGCCAGCGUCGCGGACGCGCGACCUGUGCGAGCACUGCGCAGCAGCCCGGCAGGCCCCAGACGUCUUGGGAGCUGUUGACAAUAACAUGGGUGAUGGCUGCUCUCAGAAGGCGGCUACUGCUAAUAUUCUCCGCUUCCUGUUGCUGGUGUUGAUUCCGUGUAUCUGUGCACUCAUCGUCCUGCUGGUGAUCCUGCUUUCCUUUGUUGGAACAUUAAAAAAAGCCUAUUUUAAAUCAAAUGGGAGUGAACCUUUGGUCACUGAUGGUGAAGUUCAAGUGUCUGAUAUUAUUGCUACAAAUACAAUUUGCAACAAGAGCACUGUGACAUCUGCUACGCAUCCCAAUCAACACAUUCCAGCCUGGACCACAGAUGCUUCUCUCCCAGGGGACCAAAAUCACAAGAACACAAGUGCCUGUGUGAACAUCACCCACAGCCAGUGUCAGAUGCUGCCCUACCAAACCACGCUAACACCCUUCUUCUCGAUUGUCAAAAACAUGGAAGUGGAGAAGUUCCUCAAGUUCUUCAUGUACCUCCAUCGCCUCAGCUGCUAUCAACAUAUCAUGCUUUUCGGCUGUAGCCUCGCCUUCCCCGAAUGUGUUGGUGAUGGUGAUGACAGCCGUGGACUCCUGCCCUGUAGGUCUUUCUGUGAGGCUGCAAAAGAGGGCUGUGAAUCAGUCCUAGGGAUGGUGAACACCUCCUGGCCCGGUUUCCUCACCUGCUCCCAGUUUAGAAACCAAACCGAAAGCAGCAACGUCAGCAGAAUUUGCUUCUCUCCACAACAGGAAAAAGGCAAGCAAUCGCUCUGCGGGGGCGGCGAGAGCUUUCUGUGCGCCAGCGGCCUCUGCGUGCCCGGGAAGCUGCGGUGCAACGGGCACAACGACUGCGACGACUGGAGCGACGAGGCCCACUGCAAUUGCAGUGAGAAUAUGUUCCACUGUCACACGGGCAAGUGCCUCAAUUCUAGCCUCGUGUGUGAUGGAUACGAUGACUGCGGGGACCUGAGUGAUGAGCAGAACUGUGAUUGCAGUCCCACAAGGGAGCACCGCUGUGGAGAUGGGCGCUGCAUCGCAAUAGAGUGGGUGUGUGACGGUGACCAUGACUGUGUGGAUAAGUCUGAUGAAGUCAACUGCUCCUGUCACAGCCAGGGUCUGGCCGAGUGUCGGAGUGGACAGUGUAUCCCCAGCACCUUCCAGUGCGAUGGGGACGAGGACUGCAGGGACGGCACAGACGAGGAGAAUUGCAGCCAGAGUCAGACUCCAUGUCAAGAAGGCGACCAAAGAUGCCUCUACACUUCCUGCCUUGAUUCAUGUGGUGGCAGCUCCCUCUGUGACCCGAACAACUGUAAUCAGUGUGAACCAAUUACGUUGGAACUCUGCAUGAAUUUACCCUACAACCAUACAAUUUACCCAAAUUACCUGGGCCACAGGACUCAGAAGGAGGCAUCCAUCAGCUGGGAGUCCUCUCUUUUCCCUGCACUUGUUCAAACCAACUGUUACAAAUACCUCAUGUUCUUUGCUUGCACCAUUUUGGUACCAAAGUGUGACGUGAACACAAGCCAGCGGAUCCCACCUUGCAGAGCCCUGUGCGAGCACUCCAAAGAACACUGUGAGUCUGUCCUUGGGGUUGUGGGCCUACAGUGGCCUGAAGACACAGACUGCAAUCAAUUUCCAGAGGAAAAUUCAGACAACCAAACCUGCCUAAUGCCUGACGAAGCUGUGGAAGAAUGCUCACCUAGUCACUUCAAGUGUGGCUCUGGACGAUGUGUUCUGGCUUCCAGAAGAUGUGAUGGCCAGGCCGACUGUGAUGAUGACAGUGAUGAAGAAAGCUGUGGCUGUAAAGAGAGAGAUCUGUGGGAAUGUCCAUCCAAUAAGCAAUGUUUGAAGCAUACAGUCAUCUGUGAUGGGUUCCCCGACUGUCCUGAUGGCAUGGACGAGAAAAACUGUUCGUUUUGCCAGGAUGAUGAACUCGAAUGCGCAAACCAUGAGUGUGUGUCCCGUGAGCGCUGGUGUGAUGGGGCAGCCGACUGCUUGGACAGUUCUGACGAGUGGGACUGUGUGACCCUCUCCAAAAACGUGAGCUCCUCUUCGUUCCUGAUGGCUCACAGAUCUGCCAUAGACCACCACGUGUGCGCAGACGGCUGGCAGGAGACGUUAAGUCGGCUGGCCUGCAAGCAGAUGGGUUUAGGAGAACCAUCUGUGACCGAACUGGUACAGGAACAGGAGCAAGACCAGCUGUGGCUGACAUUACACUCCAGCUGGGAGAGCCUCAAUGGGACCACUUUGCAUGAACUGCUGGUAAAAGGGCAGGCUUGUCAUAGCAGAAGUAAGAUUUCUCUUCUGUGUACUAAACAAGACUGUGGGCGCCGCCCGGCGGCCCGAAUGAACAAGAGGAUCCUUGGGGGUCGGACCAGUCGCCCUGGAAGGUGGCCAUGGCAGUGUUCCCUGCAGAGUGAACCCAGUGGACAUAUUUGUGGCUGUGUCCUCAUUGCCAGGAAGUGGGUCCUGACAGUUGCCCACUGCUUCGAGGGGCGAGAGAACGCUGCCGUCUGGAAAGUGGUGUUUGGCAUCAACAAUCUGGACCACCCGUCGACGUUCAUGCAGACACGCCUGGUGAAGACCAUCAUCCUGCACCCUCGCUAUAGCCGAGCCGUGGUGGACUAUGACAUCAGCAUCGUGGAGCUAAGCGAAGACGUCAAUGAAACCAGCUACGUCCGGCCGGUCUGCUUGCCCAGCUCAGAGCAGGCCUUGGAACCCGAUACGUACUGCUACAUCACGGGCUGGGGACACAUGGGCAACAAAAUGCCUUUUAAGCUGCAAGAGGGAGAGGUCCGCAUCAUCUCCCUGGAGCAGUGCCAGUCCUACUUCGACAUGAAGACCAUCACCGCGCGGAUGAUAUGCGCCGGCUACGAGUCUGGUACCGUGGACUCGUGCAUGGGUGACAGCGGUGGGCCCCUCGUUUGCGAGCGGUCUGGAGGACAGUGGACAUUAUUUGGUUUAACGUCGUGGGGCUCCAUCUGCUUUUCCAAAGUCCUGGGGCCUGGAGUUUAUAGCAAUGUGUCCUACUUCGUCGAAUGGAUUGAAAGACAAAUAUACAUCCACACCUUUCUCCUGAACUAAUUCCAAAGAUGAUGCGAGACUUUUUGCCAGCUGCACUCAAAGAAAAUGGCCUUGUCGACUGUGGAGAGCUUCCUGCAGAGAGCUGUCCAGAAGCACUUUUCAUGGACAGGGAUGCUCAGCGGUACACUGCAAAUGUUCAUCUUUGUUUUGGUCUAAUUUUAUUGUUUUUUUCAACUUCAGUUUUCUCUUGCUUCAAGUUUAAUGACAGUCUUUUUAAAAAAAAAAAAGCAAAAAGCAGAUUUUGUUCUUUUGCCAAGCCUAAUCUUGACCAUAGCACAAAAUAAUCAGCUCUGGAAUAAGGCAGGUUGCAGGGUAGGAGGUUCUAGAAAAUUCUCUUUAUUCCAGUGACAAAGAGGACAUCGAGAUCCAGGCUGACUAAUUUUUGCCAGCUUUUGUUUCUCAAGCACAACAGCAUAGUGGCAAAUUUCAAUAUUAAUAUUGGAGACUUGCUUCUGAUUAAGAGCCAAGACAAUUUACAUGCUUAAAUUAUUUACCAUUACUCAAGUCUGCAUAAUUCUGAAAACUAAUGAAAGACAGUCUGAGGUAGAAGACAAGCAGCAUCCAUUUAGGUGGCUAAAAUGGUUAAGACGUACUGAACACAACGCUGCUUAGAUACCAGCACUAGCAUUUAAGAUGAUAGGACUGCAUGUUCUGAACUUAACUCAAGGAUGUAACUUUACAGAGGAGUCUUUGUAGAACCUUCCCUAUAGCUGGGAUUCCUUCAGCGUGUAUCACUUGGCUGACUGAGACCUCAGUAGCUAGAAUAUUCCUGGGAAGCAUUUUGUUUCACCUGUGUGACAAUGAAUGGAGAUUGAACUUUGCAAAAGGAGAACUUGCUUUAGUCUGGAGAGAUUCAAUUUUUGAAAACAAAAAUUAAAUAUUACCCAACCUCCAAUUCAGUAUUUUCCAACUUUCCUGUGUUCGCCCAUAAUGAUAAAGUCACGGAAAUGCCUCUCAAAGCGCAGUUCAAGAUGGCAUGGAGUAAAACAUUUUAUAAUUUGCCUUGAAAUGUGUUUAAUAUCUGAUGUUCUCACAUGCUUUUAAGCGCUCGGCCACUUUAUGCCCAACAAUUUCCGAUGGGCAUUCCAUAAAAGUGGUUAAAAGUAUUUUCCUUCCCACUAAAAAGCUUCAAAAUACAACUUGUCGCACAUAGGUAAUUUAAUUAGGCAUCCAUUUUGCAACAUCUAAAUGCCUUGGGAACAAGGAGGAUUCCCCACUAAACUUCACCAGCACCCCGGGCUGCCUCAGCAUCCCACACAGAGACUUACUGCAAUUUUAUACCUGUGUUUUUGUACUCUUUUCUAUGUUUGCACAUAUUUCAAAUUCGAGAAGUUGCCUUGACACUUCCCAUGUUCUUCAUCUCCUGUUCUGGAGUUUGUAUAAGCCUCCUGAGAAUGUGAAAUCCAGCAAUGGAAUUAGGGUCAGGAUUGUGUGAAAGUAUAAGAACACAUGUCCGUUCUGUUAUAGUUAAGUCUGUACCCAUACUCCACUGUCAGCCUUGCUCCACUUAUGUUCAGGCAAGUAUACCUACUAUACUUAUUCUAAAUAACCCUAAUACAGGGUGCCUGGGUGGCUCAGUUGGUCAAGCCUUCGGCUCAGGUCAUGAU